AUGAAGAGCUUCAGUCUUCAGUUGCAAAAGACCUGGGUACUAGCUCGAUCAAACAACAUGGCGGCCUUCACGUGUCUGCGUUUGUGCGGCCGAAGUACGGUUUUGAUACUCAAUAGUAGAAUGUUUAAGGAUAUGUCUCAACCGAGUUGUACAAAUCGGAUUUUCUGUAUACCUAAGUACCUUGGUAACAGCAUUAUUCGGUGCUGGAGUAAUUUUACAAGCGAAAUGUCUGGCGAAUCUCGGUAUGGAGAAACUUCAGAACUAACAAAUCAUUCAAAGAAUCAAGAGUCGGCCGUUACAAAGCUGCUAAGGGUGGCGAUCAUAGGAGAAGCAAACAGUGGAAAAUCAACUCUGACAAACUGUCUUACAGGGCAGAAGAUUUGUGCUGUUACACCGAUACCUCAUACCACUCGCAAACAGACACUAGGGGUGUUUAUGGUGGGGGAUUCCCAGAUCGUACUUCUAGAUACUCCUGGGAUAGUGACACACACUGAGGCACGAAGACUGAAAAUGACCCGCCAGCAUAUACUAGCUCCCAGGGAGGCUCUUGAUGAAGCAGAUCUCAUUGCUGUGAUUACCGAUGCUGCUGAUAAGCAUAGGAGUAUGAAAAUUCAUGAAUCAAUUUUAACAGCUUUGGAAAGUCACAAAGACAUACCAUCAAUUCUUAUCUUAAACAAAAUAGAUAAAAUUAAAUACAAGAUGAUUCUACUCAAUAUAGCUGAUGCGCUAUUGAAAGACCGCGAAAAGGACGAGUGGGGAAAUUAUCAAAAUAUAGGAGGUUGGAGUAAAUUUAAACAUGUAUUUAUGAUUUCUGCAGCGACUGGAGACGGGAUCGAGGACAUUAAACAGUACUUUGCUGCGAAAAGCAGACAAAGUGAAUGGCUGUUUCCUCCUGACACUAGCACAGAUCAGCCAUUUGAAGAACAAAUGCAGGAGAUUUUUAGAGAGAAGUUGUUAGAACUGUAUGAGCAUGAAAUACCCUGGCAAAUUAAACAGGUGAGUAUUAAACUCCAUCCUUUUAAAAAUAAAAGGCAAGGGUUUGACUGGGAUUAGGGCUAGUUGAUAGAAAAUCACACUGGAAGCAUGAAGGUUACCAGUGUGGUUUUCUUCAAAGCAUUUUGCGUAUUUUGAACUUUGCAAGAGGGCUUAUCAUUUUUACAGGUUUCUUAUGUGUUUAGUUCACCCAUACAUUAUCACAGAGCUGCAAAUAACAGUCAGUUAUUGGACAAUGUCCAAUUAAAAUCUGCCUAUGUCCUAUACAAAGUUAACCAUAAUGAUCAAACAGAUCAAAUAUCAAAGACAGACAUUUUGUAACUGACGAUUUACAUAGUGAUUAAAGAGAUGAAAUCAACACAAUGCAUGUCUGAUAGCUUUUCUGGUUAAACAGUUACCUGGUUGGACAAACAUCCAUUGUAAAAAGCAAAGGCCUGUUGUCAGCUAAUAACUUAUCAUGGCUGAUACUGGAAAUUCUUUUGGUUCUGUUUUCCUCUUGUUUCUUGUAAAAGUAGCCAGGGGUAAUGCUCAUCGAAGCUGGGGGAAAUCCCCAGGCCCUGUUCAUUAGUGAAAGCCUUGCUGAUCCAAAAUGGGUUGCCCAUACAUGUAUUCAGAACAUUUCCCAAAAAGGGGAAGAAUAUUUCAAAUGCAUGAAAUCUUCCAAUUGAGAGGGGUAGCAAGGGUGGCGCAGUGGUGAGAGAACUCACCUCCCACCAGUGUGGCCCAGGUUCAAAUCCCGGUGUUGAAGCCAUAUGUGGGUUGAGUUUGUUGUUGGUGCUCUCGUUUGUUCUGAGGGGUUUUUCUCCAGGUACGCGGGUUUUCCCCUGUCUUUAAAAACCAACAUUUCCAAAUUCCAAUUUGAUCUGGAACGCACGGACACCUUUCAACGAGUUCUUAAGAACUGCUGAGUACUUCUUUGGUAAACAAAUUGCAAUUACAAUUACAAGAGCAGUAUGUUCGUAGACAAUUUGCUUGAUGAAAUAAGUCACUUUGCUUUUAUUUACUUACACACAACACCAGUAAGUACAGUGUAGCAAAAACUAAAACUAGCUGUUAUCAAUGGAAUGUUGCCCAUAGAAUACAGCAUGCAAAGAAAGUAUUGUCUGAUAGCCCGGGGCUAGUGGAUUUUGCUAUUGGGCUAGUGAAUCUGUUCUUAACUUGCCCGACAGGUAAGGAAAGUAUUUUGAGGAAUUAAACUUACAGAAGAACUGUGAAACCAACUCUGUUCAUGAAAAAAUUUUGGGGGCUAGUUGAAAUGAUGUUUGGGCUGGUGAAAGCUAGCUUCAGCUUGCCCAAAUGGCAAGCUGUAAAAAUGACUUUCUUUGCACCCCAGAAUACCCCUGUAAAUAACCAGUUUUGCUAAUUUAAAGUACAAAAUCUCAUUGGAUAGGUGAAUGUGAUGUGUCAACAAAGAGAUGGCCACUGGAGAAUUCACCACAAGCUCUAUUGUCGCAAGAAAAGUCAGCGUCGAUGUGUUUUAGAACAAAUUGACCGUUUGAGAGGCCUUGUAUCAGCAGAUUUACAAAAUCUUCUUAGGCAGCCUGUAAAUUUAACUGUUGAUGUUUCAGUCAGUGAGAAAGUUGGUUUCCAGACACCACUUCACAGUUAUUGACACAAUAGAGCAAUGUUAGAAGUUAGUACCUGGCUUGUAGAUAUUCACACAGUUUCCCCAAUGUCAAACUUUAUGUUAAAUCAUUCAAAUAAACAGGUUUAAAAACCUUGGCAACCUGCAGUUUGCAAAGGCUAAUAAUUGUGUUGGGUUACAUAAUUCAAAAUUAAUAGAAGGGU